UUGUCACUGUCAAAUUAGAAUCAAAUUCGCGCGGGUGAACGCGCUUAUUUCAUUUUCCGAAAGAAAUAUUUAUUUAAAUAAUUCGUGAUAAUACAGCAGUCUUGCCAUAAAUUUCCAACAAUAUAAAUACAAACUCAAAUUGUCAUGAAGUGAAGGAAUUUACAAAAGCUUCCGGGUUUUAAGUUUUUAAAUUACCUUUUGCAAGUAUUGAUUUUUCUGCCUCAAAUACCUCAAAGGUUGACUGUUUACAUUUUAUGCUGGUGACGAAAAGAGCGUUUAUAGAGUUUUUCUGAAUAUACUAGGUAUUUAAUGUGUUUUAUGUUUAAAUGGCUAAACAAAUAGCUGACGUGCAAAUCCAUGCUUCUGACGAGUUAGAAGAUGAUAACUUGGACGUUAGUGUGGACCUCAUUGAUGAUGGACUCUAUUUAGGCAACUUGGCUUGUGCACGAGACUCCAAGACCCUAGAACAGCUAAAGAUAACUCACAUCCUCACUAUUGACUUAGUGCCAUUGCCUAGAAGCAUCUUAGAGCGCUCCACUCUCACCUUCAAGUAUAUUAAAUUGGCUGACGUGCCAAAAGAAGACCUUAUAAGUCACUUGCCAGAGAGUAAUGACUUCAUUAAGCAAGCUGUUGCCAGCGGAGGAACAGUUCUUGUGCAUUGUUACUUUGGCGUAUCACGCUCAGCGGCCUUCGUGAUAGCAUACGUAAUGGAAAAGUAUAGCCUCUGCUACGAAGACGCCUUUCUCCUGGUGAAGGCGAAACGUCGCUUCAUCGGCCCAAACGUGGGCUUCGUGGCCCAACUGAAACUUUUUGGGCAUAUGGGUUAUACCAUCAACAGGGAUGAUCCGAGGUUUAAACAGUUCCGGUUGAAAAUGGCUGGUCAGAAGUUAAAACAAGUCAAAAUCCUGCCUCAAUUGUUUGCGGACCUAGUAAAACCAGAUCCGGGUCUCAUCCGGGAGAGACCAGAUCCGAUCGUGUACCGGUGCAAGAAAUGUCGCCGCAUCGUCGCUAGCCAGAGCAAUAUCAUUCCACACUUACCCAAACAGGUGAAGAUAGACCUGGCCAAAAAGAACAUCCGUCCCCCGCCGAGCAAGCUGACCGGUCUGACGUGCGCCGAGAACGGCCAGCUGCUCAUAGAGAAGCUCAAGAGUCUCGCGUGCCAGAUCAUGGACACCAGCGCCGAGCGCGAGGACUCCAGCGACGACAGCGCGGGCAAGAGCUGCCCAGCCAGUGAAGAGGGACCCAGCCAGGUGUUAGAUGGCUACAGUGAAAACAACAUGGUCGACGCCAGCAUAGUACCGCGAGAUGCGCCAGAGAUCUGUCGGCUGAUGUGGUUCGUGGAGCCGAUGAGCUGGAUGAAGGACGUGCCUCGCUGUCCGCAGGGCAAGCUGCACUGCCCCAAGUGCCAGAACAAGAUCGGCAGCUUCAGUUGGGUCAUGGGAUGCAAAUGCCCCUGCGGUCAAAAAGUGGCCCCCGCGUUCUACCUGGUGCCUUCAAAGGUGGAGUGGUCGAACAUUGUACAAAACGUACAGGUUACUGUAUAAAUACAGGCGUUUGAUAUUACAUGUUGUGUAGAAAUCUGUGGCGCUAUUCUCUUCCAUUGUAACUCCAUUUUUCAAAAUAGGUUAUACAAUUUUAACUCCAAAUAGGAUUUUUAAUUUUUUUUAAUGAAAAAACAAAGCCAACUCCGGAUUUUUGUAUC